AUGGCCGCCGCACCGCCUGAAGAGUUCUUGAAGCGCCUGAUUGAGCUCACCAAGGCAGAGCAAGCGGCCGAAGAGAAGGAGUCGUCUCUCCUCUUCACCAAUGCCCCGGUCUCGCUUCUCGAGCGAUCUGGUCUCGCGCUCGGCAACUUGUCAGGCCAGACAUCGAUUGGACUUGGCGGACGACUGCUCGUCGAGCUGACGAGGCCGGCUGCGUACCAUUCCUCGCCGGACUUCCCGCCUCAUGACUUCCGUCCUGGCGACCUCGCUCGCUUACGCCCGCAAGGAGCGAGCGGGGGAGGGGCUCGCAAGGCCGCGAAAGGUUCGUCGAAGGAGGAGAAGGGCAAGCAGAAGGAUGAUGAAGGUCUGGACGCCGUUGUCUACCGCACCACGGCCAACAAGAUCGUUCUAGCCGUCGAUGAGCCAUCGGACGAUUUCGUGCUGCCUGAGCGGAUACAGAUCAUCAAGGUCGCCAAUCCGACAACCUUCGUCCGCCAGUGCUUCUUCCUGAACCGAGCCCUUCGCAAACUCGAAGCAGCAGAACCGCUUUCGCCUCUCCUUUCCGUUCUGCUCGGUCAGCAGAAGCCGACUGUGUCUCAACGCUCGCCGGACGAGCCACUCGACUUCAUCAACGAGAACUUGAACGCGUCGCAGAAAAAGGCCAUCGACUUCGCCCUUUCGAGUAACGAGGUCGCCCUCAUCUGGGGCCCGCCCGGCACAGGCAAGACGGAGACGCUCGUUGAGAUCAUCCGGCAAUGCGUCAGGGCGGACAAGCGCGUGCUCGUCUGCGGCGCAUCCAACCUCCCCGUCGACAACAUCCUCGCUCGCCUCUCCGUUCCUCACCCCAACUUCUCCCAGCCGAUCCCGCUCACUCGCGUGGGCCACCCCGCUCGUGUCCUUUCCGGUCUCACACGACAUACUCUCGAUGCGCAGUCUUCCUCGACCGACUCGAGUGCCCUCGUCGAAGACAUCAAGAAGGAGAUUGAAGAGCUGGAGAACACGCUGAGAAACGGCUCGGGGAAGAACCGUAUCAGAGGGUCGGAGCGAAAGAAGAUGUGGGAGGAAGUGCGGGAGUUGCGGAAGGAGUUCAGGAAGCGGCAAGGAGGCAUCGUCUCGGAGGUCGUGUCGAAGGCCAAAGUCGUGUUGGCGACGACUCAUGGCGCUGGAGGGCGUUCGCUUGAUCGCUUCGAGUUUGACGUUGUCAUUAUCGACGAAGCGGCGCAGGCGACUGAGCCUGCGUGCUGGAUCCCCAUUCUCAAGGGCAAGAAGCUGAUCUUGGCUGGCGAUCACCUGCAACUCCCGCCAACGCUCAAGUCGUCCGACCGGCUCACCAAGUCCCUCGGCGGCAAGUCCAGCAAGACAGCCUCGAAGGAAGAUGCAGCCCAUCCCAGCCAGCCCGGCAAGCUGACGCUAUCGCCCGACCUCGAGGUCACGCUUUUCUCUCGCCUUCUCGCCCUUCACGGACCCUCAAUCCGCCGCAUGCUCAAGGUCCAGUACCGCUUCAAUGAGAAGAUCAACAGCUUCCCGAGUGGGAUGCUGUACGACGGCGAGCUCGUACCCGAUGACUCGGUCAAGGACCGCAAGCUGAGCGACCUGGAAGGCGUCGAGGCGGACGAAGACCUUGACGAGCCCGUCGUCUUCUUCGACACCGCUGGUCAAGCCAUGUACGAGCGGGCAGCGGAAGACGGCAGUUUCGGAUCCGAGUCAAAGAGCAACGAGAACGAGGCAGACGUUGUGCACAAAUACGUCCAGACGCUCGUCAACGCCGAUGUCCCGCCCACCUCGAUCUCCAUCAUCUCGCCCUACAACAGCCAAGUCCUCCUCCUCGCCUCCCUCAUCCAUCCUCAGUACCCUGAGAUCGAGAUUGGUUCAGUCGACAGCAACCAGGGUCGCGAGAACGACGUCGUCAUCGUCAGUCUCGUCCGUUCAAAUGCCGAGGGCGAGGUGGGCUUCCUCCGCGAACUUCGACGAUUGAACGUUAGUAUGACUCGCCCGCGACGGCACCUUGUCGUUGUAGGCGAUUCAGAGACUGUCUCGAAGGGUUCCGACUUCCUCAAGAAGUGGAUGGAAUGGCUCGAGGAGGAGGCGCUGGUCAAGGUGCCGUAG